GCCUCCUCGUCCUCCAGCGCUUCCCCAGGGCGCGGGCAGCGGUCCAAUUGAGGCCGACCGAGUUACGAGAGCCGCCGGUCCGAGUGCGCGCAUGGCGCUGGCUCUGCUGCUGCUGGCCGGGGCCGGGGUGUCGGCCGCCGCCUCGUCCUCCGCCCCGCCGCUCUUCAAUGUGAGCCUGGACGCGGCCCCCGAGCUGCGCUGGCUGCCAGUGCUGCAGCACUUCGACCGCGACUUCUUGCGCGCCUCUAUGGCGCGUAUCAUCGGGGAUACUGUCCCCAAGUGGGUCCUCGCAUUGAUCCGAAAGGCGGUCUGGGAGCUGGAGCUCUUCCUGCCCCAGCCCUUCACCGACGAGAUCCGCGGCCAGUGCGACGCUCUGAACUUCACCCUGGCCGACUGCAUCCUCCUUAACCUGGCCUACGAGUCCACAGCAUUCUGCACCAGUAUUGUGGCUCAGGACUCCAAAGGCAACAUUUAUCAUGGCCGGAACCUGGAUUACUCUUUUGGAAAUUUCUUACGCAAGUUGACAGUGGAUGUGCAGUUCAUAAAGAAUGGGCAGAUUGCUUUCACGGGAACCACCUUUAUUGGCUAUGUAGGAUUGUGGACCGGUCAGAGCCCACACAAGUUUACUGUUUCUGGCGACGAACGAGAUAAAGGCUCGUGGUGGGAGAAUAUGAUUGCCGCCCUUUUUCAGAGACACUCACCGGUCAGCUGGCUUAUCCGCACUACCCUGAGUGAAUCAGAAAACUUUGAAGCAGCUGUUUACGAAUUGGCCAAGACUCCCCUUAUGGCUGAUGUUUAUUACAUUGUUGGUGGCACAUUCCCCCAGGAGGGAGUGGUCAUCACAAGGAACAGAGAUGGCCCAGCAGACAUAUGGCCUCUAGAUCCUUUAAAUGGAGCGUGGUUCCGAGUUGAGACAAAUUAUGACCAUUGGAAGCCAGUGCCUAAGAGAGAUGACCGAAGAACACCUGCCAUCAAAGCUCUUAAUGCCACGGGCCAGGCAAACCUCAGCCUGGAGACGCUCUUUCAGGUUUUGUCAGUGUUUCCGGUUUAUAACAAGAUCUACAUUUAAAUGAUUAUCACCAGUGAACCAGAAAUAACACAGAUCCCUGACUCUCAGGCCUUUUGCGUGUAAUGAUUACCAUCAGCUACGUCUGUUCAGUGUGUGAGGCUAAUAUUUAGAAAUGUCUGAACAGAAGCAAGGAUCUCUAUGCUGCCCCCUUGUGCUGUGCUACAAAAUUACAGCCCCCUGCAGUGGAGCUCCAUCCUCUGCUGUGGCUAUAAGCAGAGACAGUAUUAAAACAGUGAUGGAGAACAGAAGUAUGACUAAAGGGCUUCCCUGGUGGUGCAGUGGUUAAGAAUCCGCCUGCCAAUGCAAGGGACACGGGUUUCAGCCCUGGUCCAGGAAGAUCCCACAUGCCACGGAGCAACUAAACCCCUGCACCACAAAUACUGAGCCUGCACUCUAGAGCCUGCGAGCCACAACUACUGAAGCCCGCACACCUAGAGCCCAUGCUUCACAACAAGAGAAGCCACUGCAAUGAGAAGCUGGCAACAAAGAGUAGCCCACGCUCGCCGCAACUACAGAAAGCCCGCCCGCAGCAAUGAAGACCCAA